AAGUUAGCUUCGCACCUUAAAGCCAAGGGGGCUUGUGAUGCUUGCUUGCCAUUGUAUGCGAUAACUUACUUUGGGCGCUUUAAAGCCGGGGUAACCGCAGUCUUUCACAUCUCACACCUUUUUUGUCCCCUCUCAUUGCUCUUUCUCGUCUUUCUCUUUCUCGUCAGUCGACAGUCGCAAAGAUGAAUACAAAGCACGAGCCCAAUGCGCUCGGUGAAAAGCGAGUCACCGAUGAUCAGGGCUAUGGCCAUAAUGGCUAUGGCGACGCAGAGGCUGGUCAGGAUGUGGCCACUGGUCAGACUCAGAACGUACUUCACCGCGAUCUGAAAGGCAGACACAUGCAAAUGAUUGCCAUUGGUGGUGCGAUUGGUGCUGGCUUGUUCGUUGGUUCUGCCAGUGCUUUCGAGACUGGUGGACCUGGUUCUGUGCUUCUUGGUUUCAUGCUUGUUGGUCUUAUGGUGUACCUCAUGAUGCAGGCCCUUGCAGAAAUGUCCGUUGUUUACCCGAUCAACGGGGCCUUCGCCAUGUACAUCUGUCGCUUCGUCGAUCCCUCCUUUGGGUUUGCUUGCGCCUGGGAAUAUGCCAUAAGUUGGUUGACGGUUCUUCCUUUCGAAAUCUCGGCUGCUUGCAAUAUUAUCCACUACUGGCCAGGAUCCGAGGGUAUCACCAACGCUGCUUGGAUCGUCCCGCUGCUUGUUUGUCUGGUUAUAAUUCAGAUCUUCGGCGUGAGGGGAUAUGGCGAGGUCGAACUCGUCCUCAGUGUGAUGAAGAUCAUCGCAUGCUCAGGAUUCAUUAUACUUGGAAUCAUCAUCGAUUGCGGUGGCGUUCCAACAGAUGACAGAGGCUAUAUUGGUGCAAGAUACUGGCACUCACCUUACACCGCGUUCCUCAAUGGCUUCCACGGCUUCUGCAGCGUCUUUGUUACCGCGGCGUUCGCUUAUACCGGCACUGAGCUGACCGGACUGGCUGCUGCUGAAUCGGCAGACCCGCGAAAGGAGAUUCCGAGGGCGUCGAAACAGGUCGUAUGGCGUAUCGCCAUCUUCUACAUUGUCAACCUGUUUCUCAUUGGUUUGAUCGUACCGGCGAACAGUGACGCAUAUUCAAGUGGAGGCUCCGAAUCGCGUCACUCUCCUUUCGUUAUCGCAAUUCAGCUUGCGGGCAUCAAGGCUCUCCCAUCGAUCUUCAACGCUGUCAUCUUGAUCGCCGUCAUGAGCGUUGCCAACUCCUGUACUUUUGGCUCGACUCGAACAAUCCAGGCUCUCGCUGCAAAUGGCAUGGCUCCUAAGUUCCUGGCUUACGUCGACAAGAAGGGCCGUCCACUGGCCGUCGUUAUUCUUCAGCUUCUUUUCGGUUGCCUGGCUUUUGUCAACUUGGCAUCGAAUGGCGGAACGAUCUUCAAUUGGCUUUUGUCCUUGUCAGGUCUUUCUAUCCUCUUCAUCUACGGUGGUAUCGCUCUGGCUCAUAUCCGCUUCCGCAAGGCCUGGCAUUACCACGGCCAUUCCACAGCCGAGCUUCCUUACCGGGCCGCUUUCGGCGUUUGGGGCUCGUGGUUGUGCUUGCUCAUCAACAUCAUUGCUCUAAUGGCUCAGUUCUACGUUGCAUUAUAUCCAAUCGGCGGCCCUAACCUGAACGCCAACAACUUUUUCCAGCUCUAUCUUGCUGGUCCUUUGCUCAUCUUCCUAUACUUGGUUUGGAAGGUUUACAGCUGGUUCGUCCACCCAUCACACCGUCCAUUGUUCGUCAGAACGAGAGAUAUCGAUAUCUAUACGGGCAUGCGAGAAGAACAAAGCAUGAUCAGUGGUCCAGGUGUCCCGGAGGAUCGUCGGCGCGCAAGCAUCCAAGAGCUGCAAGCUGCGAACAAGCCGAAGGGGGUGAUGGGUCGUAUGAAGGGUAUUGUAGGGAACGUCAUCUAAACCGUCAAGAGUCAAGGCCUGGUCAUCGUGUACGAUACACCGAUCUGUAGUCGCUAUGGAGAGGUACAAGACAUGGGACGAUACAG